AUGGAAAAGAAUCUAUUGCUUUGUAUUUUAGUAUUGAUUCCUACCUUUGCAUCCUCAGACUUCUUGCUGACACAUGUCAGAAACAUCAAGAAGCGAAAUGCUGAUAAUGACUUGGUUGUCAAUGGGAUGGAAAUCUAUAGCAUGAAAAUUGAUAGUAAAGUGACUUCCCGCUUUGCACACAAUGUCAUCACCAGCCGAGCUGUCAAUCGUGGAAAUGUGUCCAAAGAAGUUUUCUUUGAUGUUGAUCUCCCUAAGACAGCCUUCAUUACCAACUUCAGCAUGACAAUUGAUGGUGUCACCUAUCCUGGAACCAUAAAGGAAAAAGAAGCUGCAAAAAAGCAAUACGAGAAGGCUGUUUCGAGAGGACAGACUGCUGGUCUUGUAAAAGCUUCAGGAAGAAAAACAGAAAAAUUCACUGUCUCAGUCAACAUUAAAGCAGCCAGUAAAGUCACUUUUGAACUCACAUAUGAGGAACUGCUGAAGCGACAGUUUGGAAAAUAUGAAAUGUUCAUCAAAGUGAAACCAAAGCAGCUUGUCAAAGAUUUUGAGAUUGAAGUAGAUAUCUUUGAGCCCCAGGGUAUCAGUGAGCUGGAAGCAGAAGGAACAUUCAUCACCAAUGAGCUACAAAAUACCAUUAAAAAAACUUUUUCAGGAAAAAAGGGCCAUAUCUCUUUCAAGCCAACCCUGGACCAGCAGCGAAGGUGUCCAAGUUGCUCAGAGUCUGUCUUGGAUGGGGAUUUCACUGUAAGAUACGAUGUGAAGAGAACAACUCCAGAUAAUUUGCAGAUUGUCAAUGGCUAUUUUGUACACUUCUUUGCACCAACAAAUCUUCCAAAGCUGUCCAAGAAUAUUAUUUUUGUGUUGGAUACUAGUGGCUCAAUGUCUGGAAGAGAAAUAGAACAAACAAAAGAAGCACUACUAAAAAUCCUAGAUGACAUUAAAGAAGAUGACUUCUUCAAUUUCAUAUUAUUUGAUAGUGAAAUAUCUACCUGGAAAGAAACAUUAAUCAAGGCCAGUCCUGAGAAUUUGGAUGAAGCGAGGAAGUUUGUUCGGCAAAUUUCUGCUCAAGGCCUGACAAAUUUACAUGGUGGUUUGAUGAGAGGAAUUGAUAUUCUGAAUGCUGCUCAUGAAGAAAACCUUGUGCCCAAGAGAAGCGCUUCUAUAAUUAUCAUGUUAACAGAUGGUCAGCCAAAUGUAGGUGUAUCCAAUACUCAGGAGAUUGAGAAAUCAGUGAAGAAGGCCAUUGAUGGCAGAUACACCUUAUACAACCUUGGCUUUGGCAGUGGUGUUGACUAUGGCUUCUUGGAGAGGAUGGCGCUGGAGAAUAAAGGAUUGGCCCGUCGGAUUUACCCUGACUCUGAUGCAGCUUUGCAGCUUCAGGGGUUUUAUGAUGAGGUGUCAAAUCCCAUGCUCAUAGAUGUGGAGUUAAACUACCCAGAAAAUGAAAUAUCAGACCUAACUACUAACAGCUUCAAGCAUUUCUAUGAUGGGUCUGAGAUUGUGGUGGCUGGGCGCUUUGUAGACAGCAACCAAAACCAUUUGUCUGUGGAUGUAAGAGGUGAAGGUGCUCAGGACGCCCUGUCAUACACUACACAGCAAGGAGCUGAGCAGACAGCUCAGGCUUUCCAAGAACAGCAAUACAUAUUUGGAGAGUACAUUGAAAGGCUCUGGGCUUAUCUUACCAUUGAACAACUCUUGGAAAAACGCAUUACAGCCACAGGAGAAGAAAAGGAAAACCUUACAGCUCAAGCCUUGGCUCUCUCACUAAUGUACAAGUUUGUAACACCACUGACAUCCAUGGUGGUAACAAAACCAGAAGAAGAUGAAAAUGAAGAGGGGAUUGCUGAUAAACCCACUGAAGAGGCUUUCCAGUCUCCUCUAUCACCAUCGUUUAUUUUUUCUCCAAAAUUUAUACAUAAUUACAAGAUUUUUGUGUUGGUUUUGGAAGGAGGAAGGAAUGAAGUCGGGAUGUUCACAGGUCCUUUGAUGGCUUCACCAGUCUAUCACACAUAUGCACCACCACCCACAUGGUAUACCAGUGUUGAUGGAGAUCCACACUUCAUUAUAUCAGUGCCACAAAAAAAAGAUGCCAUUUGUUUCAAUAUCAAUGAAAACCCUGGCAUGAUCUUAAAUUUAAUAAAUGACCCAGUUACAGGCAUCACAGUCAAUGGAGAACUUAUUGGUGAUAAGAGAGUAAAUAGUAAUGCAAAGAUCCAAAACUCAUAUUUUGGAAAACUUGGUAUUGCAAAUAAGCACCUGGAUGUAAAGCUGACAGUAACUCCUGAGAGGAUCACAAUUGAGAAUGGUGAUGAAAAAACAGGUUUCACCUGGCUGGACUCAGUCACCUUGCAACAAGCAGGUUUAACUUUGAUAAUUAACAGGAAAAAAAAUCUGGUGCUCUCAAUGGGCAGUGGUGUCUCAUUUGUUGUUGUUUUGCACCAAGUGUGGAAGAAACAUCCUCUCCACCAAGAUUUCCUGGGACUGUAUACAUUGAAAAGUGAUAAACUGUCUGAACAGACCCAUGGAUUAUUAGGGCAGUUUUUCCGGCCCAUUGACUUCACCAUACUUGAAAUUCAUCCUGGCUCUGAUCCCAAGAAACCAGAUGCCACAAUGAUUGUUAAGAACAAUGAACUGACAGUAACAAGGGGCUGGCAGAAGGAUUACAGAAGAGAUCCUGCACACGGGGUUGAUAUUCCCUGCUGGUUUGUCCAUGACAAUGGAGCUGGGCUGAUAGAUGGUGUUCACACAGAUUAUAUUGUUUCCAGUCUCUUCUAAGUAACUUCCUCCAGAAGCAUAGGCAGACAAUAUUUGUCUGAAAGAACAGUAUUUUCAAUGUAUAAGAUCUAUUCAAAUAAUAUAAGCAUACAUGUUU